CACCGAUACACCUUUAUCUCCGGAUUAAGGACGGAAAUCUCUUGAAGUCCUCUCAAAAAAAUCCUAUUACUUACAGCUUUAUUAAUCAACUCACGCAUGGACCAACACUCACACAAUACAAUACUCUACUUCGGUUGUUGUUGUAAUAGAGCUUGAAAUAGAAAUAAAAGCCAGAGAUUUUGUAAGUAAAUAAGUUACACAAAUAUCGUUAGAGAGAAAGCACAAAACUAAUUCCAAAGUGCCGGCUUAGCUUGAGGUUUUUUAUCGUCUCUCUUGAGUCCUUACUGACAACGUAUCCCCGAUCUUUUUUCCUUUUAAAAAUAAUAAAAUAAAACGGUAGCAAAUUUCAACAGAUUUAUGAUUUUACUUAUCAAUUGUUUCGAUAAAAGAUCUGUUGGAAGGAUCGCGCUAGAUCCUUACGAAAAAUGUUCCUCUUUCAAACUUCUUGAAACUUUGGAUAAUGGUAAUUCUCCACGUGUAGAUCAAAACUCUCAGUGGGAUGUUAAGUCGUGAAAACUCAUCUUUUUGAGACAUGGCCCCUUAAAGCUGCAUUCUUCGAUAGAACAUCUUCUGUGCCAAUUACCAUGGAGUCAAACUUCACAAACAACAUUUCCACCCUCGUAAUUCCAACCAACGACCCCUUCGUCCAUCUUACCAAUCGUAUCAACACAAGUGACUGGGAUUCCAAACGCGAUCCUCUAUUAGUAGUCAUCCCAAUCACGUUGAUUUAUUCAGUUAUCUUUUUCUCGGGUGUUAUCGGAAAUAUCGGCACGUGUAUAGUCAUUGCGAACAACAAAUCCAUGCACACGGCGACAAAUUAUUAUCUCUUCAGUCUUGCGGUUUCCGAUUUAUUGCUGCUGGUCUCUGGACUUCCCCAGGAAAUGUACUCCAUCUGGUCUAGGCAUCCCUACAUCUUUGGAGAGGCUUUUUGUCUCCUUCAAGGUUUUGCCGCAGAAACGUCAGCAAACGCCACGGUUUUGACAAUAACGGCUUUCACUGUGGAAAGAUACGUGGCAAUAUGCCAUCCCUUUUUGUCGCAGACGCUCUCGAAAUUAUCCAGAGCCGUGAAGUUCAUCAUUCUGAUCUGGAUUUUCGCGAUAUGUCUGGCGGUGCCUCAAGCGUUAGCGUUUGGAAUAAUGACAUACGAUGAAGAUCACAAAUACUGUCAGAUAACGAGGGUAAUUCUUCCCCAUUCGUUUGAGAUUUCCACGUUCGUGUUCUUCAUCACGCCGAUGACAGUUAUAACGAUAUUGUACAUACGCAUCGGUCUUCAGCUGAGGAAAUCUACGAAAAUAAUCGCGAAAAGCAGAAGCAUAAGGAUGAAAAGGAUAUCAUGUCAGACGCGGGUUUCGUUGAAGCGAAAAAAGAAUCAAGCAAUCGUGUGCGUCGACGGUCGCGAGAACGAUAACAACGCGGCAGGGCCUUUUGAUAAACGCGAAAACAAUUGCAUUCAUUCAACGCAAGCCACGAAGCAUGUCGUCAAAAUGCUCG